CCGCGGGCUGAGCAGAACGUCAGUAGGAGACAGUAUGCAGCCUGCCACAGCCUACAAGCGCGCGCAGGCUGCUGCAUGUAAAUAAAACGCCUUGGUGUGGUUUUUUGCUCGCGAGCUCUGCUUGAGAUAUGGGGCUUGGGUGAUAAUAAUAAUAAUAAUAAUACCAAAGCAGUAGACAAAAGAGAUAUUGAAAUCUAUAUUGAGUCUUCGUUCAAAAGCUAAGGGAGUGUUUAGGUGGUCUGAACUCCUUUACAGAGGGCAGUGAGACUGGUCUAGAGGGAGCAGGGAGAGGAGCUGGAGCAUCGGGAAGAUCUCCGCCGGCUUCCGGACAUUCGGGGCGGCAUCGAAGCUGCAGUCGCUGCUAACUGGAACGACGAACCAUCGUCGACAUUGGACCGUGAUUCGCGUUACAUCGUAAAAGGUGGCGUUUUCCUAACAUGUCCAGGAAAGUCCAAAGAAGUGAGGUGUGUGCAGACUGCAGUGCGCCAGAUCCAGGUUGGAGCAGUAUAAACAGAGGGGUGCUGAUCUGUGAUGAGUGCUGCUCUGUGCACCGGAGCCUCGGACGCCACAUCUCCAUCGUAAAGCAUUUGCGCCACAGCGGCUGGCCACCUUCCUUACUACAGAUGGUGCAGACGCUGGCCAGUAAUGGUGCUAACUCCAUUUGGGAGCAUUCACUCCUGGAUCCUGCGCAGGUUCAGAGUGGUCGCAGGAAACCUAACCCACAAGAUAAAGUCCACCCUACCAAGUCAGAGUUCAUUCGCGCCAAGUAUCAGAUGCUAGCCUUUGUCCACAAACUGCCGUGUCGUGAUGAUGAUGGGGUCACCAGCAAGGAUCUCAGCAAGCAACUACAUUCGAGUGUGCGGACAGGAAGUCUGGAGACAUGUCUGCGGCUGCUGUCUCUUGGCGCUCAGGCCAACUUCUUUCAUCCUGAGAAAGGCACCACUCCUCUGCACGUGGCUGCUAAAGCAGGUCAGGUCCUGCAGGCUGAGCUGCUUGUGGUGUACGGGGCUGACCCCGGAGCGCCAGACAUUAACGGACGCACACCCAUGGAUUAUGCCAGGCAGGCGGGCCAGGUGGAGUUAGCCGAGCGUUUGGUGGAAUGUCAGUACGAGCUCACAGACAGGCUGGCUUUCUAUCUGUGUGGCCGCCGUCCAGAUCACAAGAAUGGACAUUAUAUCAUCCCUCAGAUGGCAGACAGAGCGCGCCCUAAGUGCCCAACACAGAGCCUGGACCUGUCUGAACUGGCUAAGGCCGCCAAGAAGAAGCUUCAAGCGCUAAAUAACCGCUUGUUUGAGGAGCUGGCCAUGGAUGUCUAUGAUGAGGUUGACCGUAGGGAGAAUGAUGCGGUGUGGCUAACGACUCAGAACCAUAGUACGCUGGUUACGGAGAGGAGUGCUGUGCCCUUUUUGCCUGUCAACCCCGAAUAUUCGGCCACACGCAACCAGGGCCGACAGAAGUUGGCGCGCUUUAAUGCACGAGAGUUUGCUACACUAAUCAUCGACAUUCUUAGCGAUGCCAAGCGGCGGCAACAAGGCAAAGGCCUGACAAGUCCCACUGAGCCUCUAGAUGCGAGCCAGGCAGACGAUGACCAGCACGACUAUGAUAGCGUAGCUUCUGAUGAGGACACAGACAGUGAAAUAACGGCACAGAACAACACCAACGCUCAGCGCAACAACCGUGCUAAGAGCAUGGACUCUUCUGAUCUGUCAGAUGGGCCCAUCACGCUGCAGGAAUAUCUGGAGGUGAAGAAAGCCUUGGCCUCUUCUGAGGCCAAAGUCCAGCAGCUCAUGAAGGUCAACAACAACUUGAGCGAGGAGCUGAGGAGACUUCAGAAAGAGAUUUCGCGGAUGCAGACGGAGAACGUAGCUCUAAAGGGGGCUCAGGCUGGGCCUGCGGGGGCUCUGGGGGGUGGCAACCCGGCCCUUUGGCCUAUGGGGGUAAGAGGAGGGGCAGGAGGAGUGGGCAGUGGGGACUCAAGCUUGGCUCCACCCUCCUCAGCUCCUUUGCGGAGGGACAGGCAGGCCUUCUCGAUGUAUGAGCCCGGAACGGCCGCCCCCAAAGCCCUCGGCCCAGCACUGGACUCCCUGAGCGGCCACCUACAGCCCCUCAGCUCCAGCGUAAGUGUGCGAAAAGGGGCGUCUGCAGGCCCCACCCCUUAUGGGGGACCACACAUGUCAGCCUCCAUGGAGAUGGGGCGCUAUAUGCCCCCUAAAUUAGAGAAACAUGGUAGUGGCACUGACAGUGACUACGACAACACUCAAACAUAUGACACCUCCAUUGGCGUGGGCCGCAGCAGUGAGGAGGAGAGCCGAGCGGAGGAGGAUAGUGGAGACGCGGGAGAGCCAGAUCCUACGCUGCCAUGCACAGAGGAUGUCAUCCUGAAGACUGAACAGGUCACCAAGAACAUCCAGGAACUGCUGAGAGCAGCACAGGAGUUUAAACAUGACAGUUUUGUGCCAUGCUCGGAGAAGAUCCACUCAGCUGUGACAGAGAUGGCCUCUCUCUUUCCUAAGAGACCAGCUCUGGAUGCGGUGCGUGCCUCCCUCAAGCUGCUGGCCUCUAGCGCCUCACGUCUGCAGGUGGAGUGUCGCAAAGCCGCGCCCUCGGAGCCUUCGGCCAGCGCUGUCGAUUAUCAGCUCCUCACGCAGCAGGUCAUCCAGUGUGCCUAUGAUAUAGCCAAGGCCGCUAAGCAGCUCGUCACCAUCACCACUCGCGAGAAGAAGCAGUGACCCAGCUCUGGGCUUGAUGGGUGCAGGGACACACUACAGAAAACAGGACACACUAGUGGUGGAGGAAGGAACUGCAAAAAAAUUGUGGGUUGUUGAAGAUGAGAAAGAAAUAAAUGAUGGAAAAGGAAGGACAUGAAUGUAGGGCAUGAUGACGGUCAUUUCAUGAGCGAUGAAACGAGUAAGAAUCACAUGUGAGAGAAAAGAAUGGAAGUAAAAGGAAGCUACAUGCAGGUUGCACCACCAACACAGAGAGGGAAUCUUAUGGGAGACACUUAUUGGAGCGGCUUAAAUCAUCUCACUACUUCUCUUAAUCUUCUGUUAUAGGGAUCCCUCUUUACAUGCACCUUUCAUUCAUCUCUCUUUCUCUCUCUCUCGCGCACACACAGACACACACACACAUACACACACAGUUACAUGCUGAUGACUCAUGCACAUUUAACACACACACACGGUCUGCUCUUUAUCAUCGUUUUUAUUUUCUUUAUUGUUUGUUGAUUCAUGUCUACUUUUAUAUGCCACUCCAUUGGCCUUUACCUCUCGGGACAAAGAUGUAGACUUCAAAACACUUACACUGGAAUUAUUGUAAUGUUUAUGACUAUCGUUUUUUUUUUGUUGUUGUUUUCUUUUUUUAAAUAAUUCUUAUGAUUAUAAUUGUCAUUGAUGUUUUUUCCCUGAAUUUUGUUAAAUAUGUAUUGUUGUUGUUAUUAUUAUUAAUUUUGUUAUUUCAUUGUAUAUCACUUGGUCGAGAAAGGGGGAGCUUUGAAAAUGGAACACUCAUCUUUUAUUCAGUAUUGGGAUCCUCACAAUCUUUCAGAACACACCUGUACUCCCGGAGGACAUGUUUUGUAGAAAUCUAGAAGUCUGCAUUCAUCCUAACCAAAGGAAAUAGCAAUGGUAAUGAGGACACUGUAGCAAUGAUUUUACAGCCAUUAAGGCUGACAUUUAUCAGUGUCUGAAAAUAAGGUCAGGUCUCAUUCUUUUGGAGAUAAAUCUAUUUCUUCAUUCAUCUCACAGUUCACAAUCCCUCCAUUGUACGAUCAUUUCAUAGAAGCUGCAGAUUUGUCGACUCAUUCGUUACAUUGCCUGUGUUUAGGAACAUAGAGGUCCACUCUGGUAGGACGGUUCCUCUCCAGUUCUUCCACUGUACUUUCUUUGAGAGUAUCAAUGGCUUCUUUACCUGUGUAGCGAGUUAUAGAAUUUUGAUGUGAACUUAUUUUUUUGGACCAGAUUUUUUUUUUCUUCUAUGAAAAUAUCAGAUUGAGUAUACUACAUGUUUGUUAUUUUCUUGAUUGGAACAAUGUUAUAUAAGCUAUAUGGAUGUGAGCACUGAUGGUGGAUGGGCACCAUCAGUGUUCACUCUCCAGGCACUUCAGCAGGUUGCAGUAAUGGGAAAAAUGACAGCUGUGCUGUAUAAAGCUCUCCCCUAGUUGAUUCUGGAGCCAUAAAGCCAGUGUGUAUGAGACUGUAGGCAGCAGUCCGGGCCCCCAACCUACUGCUGAAUACUAGCUAUAGAGCUCGAUGGCUCAUAGUACAACCAAGUUAUUUUAACUGAUGAAUACUCCUCGAUAUUGUGGGGUUAGUAAACUGGAGCUUUCAAAACAUAUAUACCAAGCACUAAUGUUGAUAAUUCUCAGGCUUCUUUUAGACAGCUUGUCACAUUAAGUUUUCACAGAUGCUUGUUUGGUGUUUGUACAAACAGAACUUUUCGGUUCUUCUUUGUAUUACAUCCACAUUUCAGCUGAUGACUGCGUACUGACUCUGACCAGACAGCUAGUAAAACAGAUCGUCUUAUCAUACUGUCUAGGCACAGUCUGUGUCACUCAUGCCAUCAAUAUUCUUUCAGUGUUAUAUUUUUGUUUUUGUGUUUUUUCCAUUACAUAAGCCUUCAUUUUAAUUUGCCCUGAUGUUUUCAACCAUUUCAUGCACUUGCCUUAUUUCUUUUUCGUUUUGGGAACGGGAUAUUGUUUUCCUUAAACAAAUCAAACAACUGUUUGAGAGAAUUUACCAUUUACUUUGCACAUCUCUUAUUUUUUUUAAUAGCUACAUGGCAUCUCUUCCAGACUCUUUGUUCCCGCUGGUAGUGCACAUGGAAAUGAAUCAUUGAGUAUGUGUUAAACAUAUUGCUAAUUUUGCCUUUUUCACAAGGCUAUUUUACUGUGGCUCUCGGGAGAUGUUUUACCCAGUUUAUUGUGACCAUAGUUAGAUAAGAGGUUAGCGCCUGAAAAGAUGGAGUGUGUGUGUUGGGAAAUGGGAGCCUUAGCACACACACUUCACAGACUUGAUCUAUCCAGCACAAUGUUGGGCUCCUUUAGUGUGAGUUCUUUAAGUUUAAUGUCUGCCUGUUCCCAUGUAGCCUCAUGCCAUAAUACAAUCAAUGCACACAAGAACAAAGCCUGUGCUCUCUCUCUCUCUCUCUCUCUCUCUCUCUCUCUCUCUCUCUCUCACACUCACACACACACACACACACACACACACACACACACACACACACGUCCGCAUCCUAAUUUUACAUUUCCUCUUCAAGUCAGUCAAACACACUGCACUGUACUCAUCAUAACUGUUCUGAGAUGGCUGAUGGGAGAAUUUCUUUUAACAGCGUUAAUUGUACAAAAUAAAGAAAUUAAACUAAGCAAAAAAACAAAAACCCAAUUAAAUCAUAAUAGAAACUCGUAAGCUGUACAUUUGUAAUAAAGUCAAAAAUGGUAAUUGUC